AUGUCAUUCACUGCUAUUGGUUUCUUCCCAGAGGAGAAGCGAGCGAGUGUCCUCUCCAACUAUCCAUCCACCCAACCGUUCCAGUCUGUUAAUGCUCAAAUAGUCCCUGUGCUUAAAUUGUCUCAUGCUGAAGAAGAGGAAGGGGGCCAAGCCCAAAACGUAGUGAACAUAGCUGAUCCUGAAUAUCAGUACAUCUACACAGAGGAGGACUAUGAAGAGGGCCUGGGAGCAGAUGGGACAGAAAGCCCUAUGCUGAGGGAUGCUGAGCCAUGCACUUUGCCUCUGGAAGAAGGAAACUGCAGCAAAUACACACUGAAUUGGUACUACAACCAGAGAGUAUCUGAGUGUCGGCCCUUCAUCUACAGUGGUUGCAGGGGAAACCUCAACCGCUUCAGCUCUAAGGAGGACUGUGAGCUCCAGUGCAAGCCACAGGCAGACACAGGUGGCAGCACACUGAAUAAGAACAGAAAUAUAUAAACUCUGAAGUGGGUUUCCUACUCUGGGAGAACUGGAGAACUGACCAAAAGAAGUGGCCCAGCUUUUGAGGCUCCCAACAUAUACUUAACCCGCACAAGGUCUUGGACGUCCACACACAGUACCUUUGGUCCAGGGCUCUCCUUGCUGCCAUUUCUGCUGCCUGCAGCACCGUUUUGUGUGCGUGUGCCUGCGUGUGUGCGUGUGCCUGCGUGUGUGGGCUGCUUCGGCUGGAGCAGAAAAAUGGUGCUAUUCUUUACAGAAAAAGUGUUUUUGUUGCUCUUGAUUUAUUUUUUAAAUUAAGGUGAAAUUUUUAUCAAAUGAAAACAUAUGCAUAACCUCUUUUAUAUAUAAUAUAAAAAGACAUAUUUUUAAUUAGAGCUCUCUUAACUUAUUUGAUGCUGGCUAACUGACGACACAUGGAAUGUAUUAUAGCCAGACCAAACGGAUCCCCUCUGCAGCUCACUUUAGUUUGGGCUUUCAGGCCUGUGCGUUUUUCCUCUAAUGGUGGAUCAGCGAGAUAGCAGCCUGCCUUCUCACUAGAGUAUUCCUGGGAAGCUAGAAUACCCUUUUGUUAAUGAGCAGCACCAUGACCAUGAGGACGCAGGAGCCCCACGGAUCAUUACCAAACCUAGAGCUCUCAAGAGUCCUCUGACUUCUCAGUGAAGGCUGCCCCCAUUGCUCUCUUUUCGUUGCUUGUUUUGUUGCUUGUGAAGUGAGGCUUUAGGAAUGCAGCCUUUGCCAGGUCUAACGAUCUCUCAAGAAUGAGAACUUGUCAUUUGGAAAGAUCCAUUAAGUUAAUACUUCUCACUGUUUGCAAAGAACAUAACAAAGAGGAAGACUCUUUCAUAUAAGCAAAGAACAUAACAAAGAGGAAGACUCUUUCAUAUAAGCAACUCCUCUCUCUCCCUCACCCUCUCCCUCUCCCAACUUUCAGUAUCCACACAGUAGCUGUCUCCCCUUAAUUUUUCAACCCCAGGCCCAGGGCAGAGUGGCUUUUUGCCUGAUCUUCAUGCAAGGUUCUGUAUAACUUAGUAGCAAAGCAAGCACAGUCCAGUCUUGCAGAAAUCUCUAGAGAUAAUCUGGAUUUCUAUGAACAAUUAAGCGAAAUAUGGGAUGUGGGUGUCCAGAUAGCAAUGGGAUGAGAGGUUCUCUUUGGCUGUUGUGACUAAUAGCUAUUGAUAAACCUUUCCUCUGAAUCUGUUUCACCCUUUCUUAAACAUUGUUUCAUUAUUCAUUAUAUCCCACCCUUUUCCUUCCAAGGACCUCAAAGCAGCUUACGUAACUCUGCUCCUUCAAACUUUUCCUCACAACAACAACCCUGUGA